CUCUCUGUUUUCUCUUCUUUCUCCGAAACCAAAAUGGCGGUUUCUGACGCGGUGGUGGGGAACUUGACGACGAUCUAUGUGGCAGUCAUCGCCGGAAUCAAGGCCUACGGGGUGGUCUCCGGUCGGAGCUUCGGCGGCUGCUUUGUGUUAAUCGCCUCCACCGUCGUGGUUUGCCUUAUCCUGGUUCUGACGCUGAUGUGGGAUGUGUCUCGUAAACCCACGUACGCAGUUUUCCGCGACGAUGACGACGAUGUUCACGAGAGUUGCAAAGGUGGGAUUUGCUGGCAUGGCUUCGCCGUCCAGUCGUCGGCUUCUCAGGUUCGGUUUAGGCUUCCCGAGCAGCUAGUAAGUUAUAGUUCUACAUGAAGAAGAUGGCUCGGUUUUCUUCAAGUGUUGAACAAUGUAAAAUAUCUGCUUUGAGUCUUCGUUUUCAUUUUGGUCUGUGUGGAGUAAGCUGAGCUUUGCCUACGGGAAGCAUACAGAUGUAGAUAGACAGGGUUUGCUCUUUUGGUAUUGUUUAAUUUGUUAUAAGAUUAGGGGGUUUGGGUUGUUUUGUAUUGUUGGGGUGGAACAGAAAUGUUUUGUACAUGACCUAUUUUAUCAAUAAAACGUUGGUUUGCAUA